GCUUCUGUUUUUUAAAAUGAUAACAGACAAGAGAGUGUCCAGAAGACAUGCGAUUCUUGAGGUGGUGGGUGGUCAGCUUCGAAUCAAACCGAUACACACAAGUCCAUGUUUUUAUCAGUCUUCUGAGAAGAGCCAGCUCUUACCAUUAAAGACAAAUCUAUGGCACUGGUUGAACCCUGGAGAUAGUUUUUCUUUGUUUGUUGACAAAUACAUUUUCCGUGUUUUCUCUACGUAUUCUGAAACAGAAUUGGAAUGUACUUUAAGAAAUAGUCAAAUGCUUGAUGAAGAUGAAAUAUUGAAUGAAACACCAGAAUCAUCCUUGGUUAAUUUGCCUGAUGAGACGACUGGUGCCCCACAGCUGGAAGGAAGCACAGGAAUAGCGACGACCCAGACUUCUACCACAAAUAGUGUGUCUUUCGCAGGUGAAUGCUCAAGCAUCAGUAAGCAGCAGUCCAACCCCGCCCAGAGGAAGAGAAUCCUUCCAGCGUGGAUGUUAACAGAUCUGGGUGAUCAAAACCUCCCAGCACCAGUGACCAGUGGAAAUAAUGUAAACCAGAAAAGUGGAAGAGAAGGAAUCUGCAAAAAUAAAACCCAAGAAAACAUAACACAGCAAGGAAGAAAGCGAUUGAUUUCACCAGGAAGCUCACAAAGUACAUCUGCAGAGCAAGACACAGGGAAAAAGUGCAGAAAUGCUGAUCAGGAAGAGUUUGUCAUUUCAUCCAAGGAAAUGCCACAAACAGUUUCUGCAGUCACAUUAAGUAACACAGAUGUGAGUAAUAAGAAGACUAAUGCACUGAGAAAUGAAAUCCCAACAGAGGAACUUGGUAAGGUUUCUGAAGAUGAAAUCAUCACUAAAGGAACACGAAAUAAAAAAGAGACAGUGAGCUGUUCUGAGAGUUGUUCGAGUGCCCAAGGCAAGUCUUCCCAUGGGGAGUCUCAAGGAUCUUGUCCUGGGCCUAGCUCUGAUCCCUCCAACCCUGCAACUCUGCAUGCAAAAGCAGCUGAUCCAGUUCUACAAGGUCCUGAAGAAAACAAGGUCAAGAGAACAUCCUGCAUGUAUGGGGCAAACUGCUACAGGAAGAAUCCUGUCCAUUUCCAACAUUUCAGUCACCCUGGUGAUAAUGAUUAUGGAGGCGUACAAGUCAUGUGCCAAGAUCUAGCUGAUGACCGGCCUGAAUGCCCUUAUGGAGAAUCUUGUUAUAGAAAGAAUCCUCAGCACAAGAUAGAAUAUAGACAUAGUACACCUCCAAUCCGAAACACUGUGGAUGACGACAAAGGGCAACCCAAUGAGUACGACCUGAAUGACAGCUUUCUAGAUGACGAAGAAGAAGAGUAUGAGCCCACGGAUGAAGAUUCUGACUGGGAACCCGGAAAGGAGGACGAAGAGAAGGAAGAUAUGGAAGAGCUUUUGAAAGAAGCAAAGACAUUUAUGAAAAGAAAAAAGUAACUUGGUUAUGCAAUAAUACAUAGCUCACAUUUACUAUUUCUUUAUGGAAAAAUAUUCAGAAACUAAGGAGGCACUUAAGCAAUAAUUGUUUUCCUUUUUAUAGUGAUGACUUUACUAUUGACUAUUGACUCUUUGCAAAUGAAACAUUGAAAUGUCAACCUUCAGUGUAGUCUAUGGAAUUUUUUUUGUUGCUUUGCUUUUUCUAUUCUAUUUAAAGCAUCUAGAAGUGGAAAGUAGACAGAAUUAAAGACAAGUAAUUGAUAUUUUUCACGUGCUUUGUCUGCUGGUUAUAAAAAGUAAAAAAACCAUAGGUUGCACAAAACUUUGGUCUUUUUUUCUAUUUUCCAAAGAUUCUGUCUUUAUAGAAUACUGUGCAGGUAUGACCCGGCAAAUUACAUCAUGGGUGGAAAAGCAUGCCUCUUUCAUUGCUAUUGAAGUAAUUCUUCAAGCAGAACAGGC